UUUAGGGCCAUUAAUUCUGACCACGUGCCUGAGAGGCAAGGUGGAUGGCCCUGGGACAGAGGCUGUUCAUCACUAUGUCCCGGGGAGCAGGACGUCUUCAGGGCACGCUGCAGGCUCUGGUCUUCCUGGGCGUCAUAGUGGGCACUGUGGUGCCCUCACCUACGGGCACCCGCGCCAACAGCACACUGCUGGACUCAAGGGGCUGGGGCACCCUGCUGUCCAGGUCCCGAGCUGGGCUAGCUGGAGAGAUUGCCGGGGUCAAUUGGGAAAGUGGCUAUUUGGUGGGGAUCAAGCGGCAGCGGAGGCUCUACUGCAACGUGGGCAUCGGCUUUCACCUUCAGGUGCCCCCCGACGGCCGGAUCAGCGGGACCCACGAGGAGAACCCCUACAGCCUGCUGGAGAUUUCCACAGUGGAGCGAGGUGUGGUGAGUCUCUUUGGAGUGAAAAGCGCCCUCUUCAUUGCCAUGAACAGUAAAGGAAGACUAUACACGACGCCCAGCUUCCAAGAGGAAUGCAAGUUCAGAGAAACCCUCCUGCCUAACAAUUACAACGCCUAUGAGUCAGACCUGCACCGAGGGACCUACAUCGCACUGAGCAAAUAUGGACGGGUAAAGCGGGGCAGCAAGGUGUCCCCAAUCAUGACUGUCACUCACUUCCUCCCCAGGAUAUAAGAGCCCCGAAACAAGGCUCACAGGUUGACAGCGACGUCUUUUCUAUGGGGAUUUUGCACAAGUGAACAAUUC